UGGAAUGGAUAACGUGAUCGAGAUAUGGCCUAGGGAACUUCAACCUAAAGUGAGAGCAAUGACUAUUAUGCGGUGUUGUAAGCUAUCGAAUAUUCUUUUUCCAUCCAAUGUGAUUAAGGGCAUGCAGAGUCUUGAACUACUUGAGGUGGCGUGGUGUCAAUCUGUGGAAGUAGCAUUUGAUCUUGAAGGAAUAAUUGUUAGGGAUGGCUAUCCAGAUAUCGUACUCCCUUCAUUAACAAAAUUGGCCCUACUUUAUCUACCAAAGUUGACACAUGUUGGGAAGAACAACUUACAAAGAAUUCCAAGCUUUCAAAACCUGACAUCCUUAACAGUAGUAGGUUGUAGCAGUUUGAGAUAUAUAUUCUCAUCUUCUCAAGCCAAACUUCUUGUGAAACUACGAGAAAUAGCUGUAGCUGAAUGUGGUGUGCUGGAAGCGAUUGUUAAUGAGGAACCAAAAGUAAAUGAUGAGGUCGCAACAAAUAUAAUCAUGUUCCCUCAACUAAAUAGUCUCAAACUCUAUCAUCUGCCAAGCCUCAAGAGUUUGUGUCCCCAAGCUUACACAUUUGAAGGAUCAUUCAUAGAGGAGAUAAAAGUAAUCAACUGUCCCAACAUGAAGACAUUCCCUUCAGCAUUGCAGCGCAAGCUAGAGCUACAAGAGAGCAAUGUUCGAAAAGUGGAUUUUUUUAACUCCGCUCAACACCAUCUCUUCGAUAGAAAGUUUAGUUUAAGCACCAACGGAAUACUAGAUGUCACAGGAAUAGAUGAACCAACUGAGAUAUGGCACAAUCAACUUGAAGUCGGAUGCCUUGACAAAGUAGGAUUCAUGCGGGUCCAGUGUUGUGGAAAAUUAUCAAGUGUUGUCUCGUCCAAGUUAAUGCAAAGGCUGCACAAUAUACAAGGGCUAAAAGUAUGGUGGUGUGAUUCACUGGAAAUGAUAUUUGAUCUCCAAGAGGGGGGAUGUGCUGAUAUUGCUGAGAAAGAAACAUUAAUCACUCAGUUAAGCGAAUUGAAAUUGAAGUAUUUGACAAAGUUGACGCACAUAUGGAAGAAUAUUUCCCAACAAACUCAUUGUUUCAAAAAUCUAAGUUCUCUAAGAGUGCAGCACUGUGACAACUUGAGAUAUAUAUUCACAAUUUCCAUGGCCAACGUUCUUGUGAAUCUACAACUUCUAACAGUUGAACAUUGCGAGAAGGUAGAAAAGAUUGUCACCAGGGAAAACGAAGAAGAAAUCUUUUCCCAAGAUAUUUGCUGGGUUAGCCUUAUAAAUCUUCCAAGACUCGUGUGUUUUGGCCCGGAUGUAAAUGAUAUUGAAAUUCCAGCCGAAGAAACCAUUGUAAGCCGCUGCCCCAAAUUUCCAGGCAAUGAGGAUGCAGUUGACUAUGAAGAUUCUGUCUAUGACUUUGAUGACAAUGACGGUUAACAACGUUUUUCAGGUGAUUUUCAAGGCACGAUUUUCUCAAAUUCUAUGAAGAUCAAGAAGUUAGAGAAACCAACCAAUGUUACAAGGUGGUCUCAUAUAUCUAUGCAAACUAGUUAGUUGUUACGAUUACAUUUUAUCAGACUAUUGUCUAAAUUUGAAUAAGCUAUUAGCUCUUACUAUUUGCUCUUUGUAGUGUGUGUUCUUGUUUGUUGGGUUGAUGAUGCUACUAGCAAAACCUUGUGUUUUGUGGGUACAACUAGACUUACUUUAUCAUUAGCCAUGUAAUAAUUUAUGUGUGAAUUUGAAAUUUGUGUUUUGUGUGCAAUUGCACCAAUGUCACGAGUGAUUGUCAAUAUUAUUGAAUAAAUUAUAGAGGAGACUCAAAGAAGUUGCUUUUAA